GUGCAUAGGACAAUUGAGUUCGGGAGAAAAAAACAUAGGCGGAGUAGCGGGAAUUGAGCUCAACAAAUUGACCGGAAAAUAUGUCCCACACUCCCCACACACAUGAAUAUCAGGGUGGUAAUGAAAUUCCAUAAAUUGAAGUUUAUCAGGGCUCUUUGGCUUCCGGCUCGUCGCGAUCCAUACGUCACGCGGGGGUAUUGGAAUUGAGGGGUGAAUCAGGAAAUAUAAACGUCAGGAUCUUGAACUUCCAGCGUGCUCCCUAUCACAAACAUGCCUCCCAUCCAAAUCGCCGCACCUCUCGCUGCAGCCUUCAACAAUCAAUCCCCUAACUUAAAGACCGCUUUGCGACUCACCGAAGCAUUUUUCUCAUACACACCCGAAAGUCUGAGGGCUACCUUCGAUAAGGAUGUUGCAGAUGACUUCACCUGGAUCCCACUCCCACAGUCAUUGAAGGCACUGGGAUGGAAUCCAUUGAGUAAGGAGGAAUCCAUUAAGGCGAUCCCCUUUUUCUUCGAAAGGAUAAAAGACUUGGAGGUGCACAACUCAGCCGAUCGUGCCAGUGAUAAGCGCUCACUGAUUGCUAUCGAUUCGUGUGUAGAUCACUAUCACAGAUCUGGUAGAGAACGAAAAUACAGUGGUUUUCUAUUUCAGCGUAGGGGUGCGUCUCUUGAUUGUUUUUGCUGUGCUUUGACCAUGCUGAAGAGAGUCUCGUGUAGUCUUCUGAAAGUGUGGUCAAGCUCCGCUUCGACGCCAAUGGGAAAGUGGUGGAGGAAAAAGACUUCAUCGACACCAAAUGGGCGCAUGAAACUUGGUCGUCCGCCCAGGAAGCUGCAACAGCCUAACUCACUGGAGGAAACAGUUAGCAAGAUUGUUCCAAACAAGUUGUACAAUACGAUGCUUUGUCUGACUGAUCCUACCGCAUUGACUUGCUUUGACGGAGUGGUCAUAUCAGGAUUGUCAUGUUCUUCUUUCGAAUCCACAUGUUACUGUAAUGUCAAUGUUCUCGACUGUUGCAGAGCAAGUUCUUGGACAGUGGAAAAUGUAAACGAACAGAGUUCCUCAAGUGCGAACCAUAAGAGGAAGAGAGGACGUGGGAAAGCGAAAAUGACAGAGCGCGGGGGCGUUGGAAAUUCGAAGGUGCCUGACGUGGCACCGUCUACUAGUGACUUAAAGGAGGAAGCCUUAUUCCUCUUUGUUCAAUGAUCGCGCUACGGUCGUUUGGCCUCAGUUUGUUGCGACUCAGACUAACGUACAAACUCUUGUGUUCUUCGUGUCGUAGCUACAGUUAUCGAGUUCUCUGACGCGAGACUGAGAUACAGGUCAUAGUUGGGGCCCGUUAACCAUGCAUGGGCCGAAGAGUCAGAGCUAGAGCCGGUGUUGAUGCGUCUCGCAUUGGUCUUUACGACCUGCUUUCCAGCAUUCUGAGCUGCAGCUAUGCGACAUUAUGACGUGGCUCCUGGGUUGAGGAAUAUAUAAUUUCUAACUGGAAGCGCCUCCUUGAUAUUAG